AUGGAAAUGAGUAAGAUUCUAAUAAUUUAUGCCGAAAAAUAAGUGCUGAAUGCAUCAGACGGAGAUUUUGACAUAUUAAAAAAGAAGUCUUAACUAAAAUUUAAAUUUUUAAAAGGUUCACUCCUUGCGUCAUCAUGAACAUUUUGGCUAUUACCGCCAUGAUUCUAGGCUUUAUUGGCUGGUUUUUUCUUUGUAUAAGUACUUCUACAAGACGUUGGAAAGAAGACAUUGACUCUUACAGAGGAACAACAGUUUAUAUUGGCUUAUGGCAAGCUUGCUUUGAAUCUGAGGGAAAGGAUUAUGUAGGUUACCCUGAAUUCGAUAUAACUUGUGAUAAAGAUUUCCUGCGUCCUCAUUUGGUAGAACCUCCGUCCUGGUUUAACUCUGUCCGUGCACUGAUGUUGCUCUCUUGUAUUGGAACUGGAUUUGGAAUCUUUUUCUUCUUUGUGGCGAUUAUCACUGAUAACAGCAAAAAAACUGGAAGCAAGUACUGGCCUUGUGCAGCCAUCAUAUUUUUUGGAGGUUUGUGUGCAUUGAUUGGCUUGUCGAUCUUUACUGUGCACUCCAAGGCCACCGUACAGUUCGAAUAUGCUGGAAACACAUUUUUUCCUCAAUAUUGGACCGAAGUCGCUGAAGAGGUUGUCGUGGUUGGCAAUAAAUUUAAAAUUGAGUCGUGGUUAAGAUGGUCUUAUGGUAUUGGAUGGGGUGGUGUUGCUUUCACGUUUUUUUCUUUGAUAACUGCAGUCCUGACGGAUUUAACCACAAAAGUUUAUUAACUUUGUACGAUAUGGGAAGUUAAUGCACGGUCUAAAUAGUAAGACAAUUUAUAAACAAUUAACCUUUAUGUAUAAAAUUUCAGUCCAAGUUUGGCUAACUGCAACCAGGCUUAAACCUUAUAUUUGUACAACCUUGGAGAAACAGUAAAUUUUUUUGUCCGUAAAAUUUACGGGAAAAAAACACUUUCAAUUUUGACUUUGUUUGCGGAUUUGAGGUGUUUUCUAAUGUUACUAAUUUUUGCGGCUGUCGAUUUUUGCGCUUGUGUAAAUGUGAAAAAAUUCUGUUUAAAAAAAAAAUGAAAUUGAUGCCCGCGUAAUAUAAAUAUUUUUGACCCACGGUUUAUCUACCUGCGAAAAUUAUUACCAUUUAGGUCAUUGGCUUGGUCCAUCAGUCUUUUUAACAACGCAUAAUGUUUACUAAAACACUUUUCUAUCGUUUCGUAAGCCAUGAACAUUCUUAUCUCAGGGAAUGAGAUGUUUUGAAAACUUGUUGUUUUUUGUAGAUACAUGUAUUGUAACAGUAGUUUAUUUUAUUUUUGAUUUCGAAUCCAACUUUUUACCCAAAUUCGAGUUCUUUCAUGUUUUGAUUAAACCUUUUUGUCUAUGGAAAGUUUGACAUCAGUAUAUUACCACUUAUUACAUAUUUGUGUGUGCAUGGUUUAAAGACAGCUUUAAGACAAAAAGUUACACCUUAUUCUACACGUCUUUUUUAUAAGAAAAAAUGUUUUUUAACUGAGGCUGAGUUUUAAAAAUUGACAGGGAUCUUGCUAAUUUUAGGGGUAUAAGACCUCCAUAAGGAAUACACAGGUUCUUUAAAAAAAGACGUCUAUUAUUUUUAUACAUAUAUACUUGCUUCUUUUAUUGUAUUUAUAAAAGUUAUUUUCGAUGACAGAUCUUACACCACUGUUUUUGAGGCAAAGAAAGAGAAGUCGUGUGGAGUGUGGGUACAAGGUUGUGUAAAAUGUAUUUUAACGAUAGGUGAUAAUCUUUUGUAUGAUUUUUUUGGUUUUAGCUAUGUGAGAUUGAAAGGAUAAUUUUCGCUAAUUUUUCUAGAAUAAAUGUUUCUUUACA